CUCUUAUUCUACUUAACCAAGCUCAAGGAUGAAGUUCUUCCGAACAGUGAUUUUUAUAAUUUUUGGAGCCAUGUUAUUGGCUACUACUAGUCAAGCAAUUUUUGGUGGCGAAACGGUUUCAAUAAAUACCUGUUUGGAUGUGAAAUCAACAAAGGAGCUCCCGGUGCAGAUAAUUAAGGGAUAUACCAUGCAAACUAAGCCUAUUGAAGCAGUGCUGUUCACCACAGUGAGAAACAGACUUAUCUGUGCAGAUCCCAAACAGGAGUGGGUAAAAAAGGCUGUCGAAUCAUUAGACAGGAGAACAAGAACACCAUCAAAUCAAAAAAAGACACCUGCCAGAACACCCAAAAGGAAAAGGAGAAACCAGAAGGCCAUUUAAAGCAUUUUAUGCCCAACCCAACUCAUCCUUAGAGCACCAUAUGAAUAUCGUUCUCAAUAAUAACACAGAGCCACUAUCGCUGUUUAAAUUACCGGUAGUUUCACUAUACUGUUUGGAUUUAUAAUCAUACUCUGGAAUUAUUAAAAAUGGGUUACGUAUUUAUUCUGUUCUAUAAUGUUCUAAGAUUGUUUUCUAUUGAUGAUGGCUACUGAAAAUGGAAAAUAUAACAUUUUGUGGCACCCUAGGGUUGACUGUGGAAUGUACCUUUGUACCACUGGAGAGACCUUACUCGUCAUAGUACUACCAUACUAUAUUAUAUGUGUUUACUGCCAUGUAAAUAUCACUGAGCCAAUAAAUCCCCAUGCCAAUU